AUGUUUCUAAAAGAAAAUUUGACUGGGGAGGUACUUUAGAGAGUUCGUUUUUCGAUUUUCUCCGGAGUUUUCCCGUCAAAUGUGAAAAACCAGGAAAAAACAUAGGAAAACUGGGAAAAAUUAAGGAAACACGAGAAAAUCGGUACAUUAAACAAACAUUGUUAUAGAUAAUAUAUAAUGCUUAUUUAAUUAUUUUACCAUAAUAUUACAUAUAUAUUGUUGACAAAGUAUCACUAUCAACUGACCUCCGCUCAGAAUCGUUUUAUCGUUAGCAAUGAUUAAUCCUAGGAUGGAUAAUGGAUAAUGAUAAAAAACUUCCAUUCUUGGGAGUUUUUUUUUAAUUCAACUGUAAUGAUUAUAGUAAUUAUGUAUAUUAAUUACUAAUUACUAAUUAGUAAAAAUCUUUAAUAAUAUAAUAUAUUAUAUAGAGGUAAGUACUAAGUAGGUAGUAGAACUAUUAGGUACUUGAACACUAGAUUUUUUUAUACUAAGUUAAGUUAACAUUUUAUUUUGCAUUUUAAUUUUGAACUAAAUUCUUUUUUGUUUGUUUAAACAAACAAAAGUUAACUUAACUUAACUUGAUCGAGUUAAUUAUUUUCAUUAAUUUGCCAACUUUUAAAUAUACAUUUUUAAUACAAAAAUAAAGACAAUAUAACAUUACUACACCACAAAAGCUAUAACGUUUUAAUCACAUUAUUAUUUUUAGAUUGCAUACUCUACAAUGUUUCCAGCAGCUUUAAUAGUCGUGACGUGUUUUGUGAUAUUCAUACUGUCCCUGUAUAAAUACACGACUUCUACAUACAAAUACUGGAAGAAAAAAUCGGUAACGUUCGCCGAGCCUGUGCCACUAUUCGGCAACAUUAAAGAUCAUGUAACAUUAAAAAUGACACAGGGGGAAUGUUUAAGAAAUAUUUACAAGUAAGCAUUUGUGGUACAUACAAACGUCCUCUGAGGUUCGAAGGAUUUGUAAUAUUAUAUUUCUCGGGCGAUUUACAAUUAUACGUUCGGGUUACGGUAUGAAAUGUAAACUUUACGAACGCAUUAUGUUAUAGCGAUUUUCCUCACGAAAAGUUCGUGGGCAUGUACCAGCUACAGACCCCAACGUUGCUGCUCCGAGAUCCAGAAAUCAUUAAAUUGUUUCUGGUAAAGAGUUUCGCACACUUUUCCGACAGAGGGUUCUCUUAUGACGGACACAGAGAACCGUUGACCAAACACCUGGUUAAUAUGGAAGGAGACACGUGGAAGACGCUUCGGCAGAAAAUCACACCCACGUUCAGCUCAGGUAAAAUCAAGAACAUGAUUGGACUAUUGCAUGGCUGUGGAGUUCAACUUCUUGAAUAUAUGGAGGUAUUCAAUUGCAAUUAAUAAGGAUAACACUAAUCUAAUAAUAGUAGUAAUGUAAACGCGCAAGAAAACUUUAAUUUAUUAUUAUUAUUUUUUUUUUUUUUUUUGAUACAAUAUACACGGCUCGCAUUAUAACGCACCGCAGUUGCAGUACAUUGAGCGGUGGGGUCGAUAAUUUCCCUAAGUUAAAAUUGUUUGUACAGAGUACCUGUACGGUGUGCAUAAUACUUUUUAAAACCUAUACUUCAUACAGUAAAACAAAUAAUAACGUAUACAAUCUAUGUCCUCGGAGUAAAAUGAUAAUACGCAAUUUGAAAUAAAUAGAUUGGUACCGUUUGCGAUGGAUGAAUGGCCGAAAGACCCAAUCCAUUCGUUUAAGAUACGUAUUCUGCCGUGCCGAUACUUUUAUACAUUUCGUUUGACAGGCGGCCAUCGAUUCCGGAGAAACGGAAUUCGAAAUGCGUGACCUAACAGCCAAAUUCACGACGGAUGUGAUCGGUACGUGCGCGUUCGGUCUUGAAUGCAAUUCGCUGAAGAACUCGCAAUCGGAAUUCAGACGGAUGGGUUGCGCGGUGCUCAACUCGUCCGCGUCAAUGGCGUUGGCCAAAAUCGUCAGAGUGUUUUUCCCAAAGUUGUUCAAGGCGUUGAAGCUGCGCACGUUCCCCGUAGAAGUACAGAAAUUCUUCAUCGGCAUCGUAAAGCAGACAAUCGCAUUCCGGAACGCGAACGGAGUGCACCGCAACGAUUUCAUACAACUGUUAUUGGAGCUGAAGAACCAAAAUGAAGAGGGUAUUACAUUUAAACUGACCGAGGAAUUGAUUGCUGCUCAGGUAAGCCGUUACCGGGUACUACGGUUAAAACUCACCACGAGAACAAUACACGUACCAUAAUAAUAGUCGCAUAACAUUGAAACGCACAAAGUACGUACCGUGUUUAACUCAUUACAAACGUUGCAAAUAUAGGUCGGAGUAUGUCGUGUUGCGCAUUGUGAUCCAAGUAGUUACAUCAAUACGGUAUUACGGACAUUUUUUUUUUUUUUAUCUUGACGAUACGGGUAUUAUAGCUACGCGCAGUGACGGUCCUUGACAAAAUUCCAAGGGGGGUGGGGAGGGGCAGGUGAAAUAUUUUUCACAUCUAAUACAGUCCUUAAAAAUAACAGUCAUAAAAAAAAGUUUGUUUAAUUUAAAAAUUUAUUUCAUGUCAUAUUAUAAAAUAAAAGUCCUUUUACAGGUUUUUUGUUUUGCGAAUCGGUCUGUAACAUUUUAGUCGGUAGGCAAGGUCCCCGCCACAUUAUCAUGGCCAUAUCACAGAAUAAGUGAAACCUAGUGUUGCCAAAAAAUAUUGGUUUUAUCUCGUUUUGUUACCGCAAUUAUUAAUCAUAAAAUAAUGUAAAACAUUGAUAUAUUCUCGGGUUUUCGUUGUAAUACAAUAUAGAGCGGGGGGGGGGCGAUCGCUCUCCCGCCCUCCUCCCGUUGGACCACCACUGGCUAGACGCAUGGUUAGUAUUUGUAUAAUACAUCAGCAAAUACUAUAUAGACAACAGAAGUCACGGGACACUCGAUGCUAAAAUAAUCUUGACAUAGUCAACAAGAACCGUGUGGUUGCCUAUACGUUAAAAUGUGAAAUCCUAAGCGCUAACAACUCAUAAAAUAUUAUUAUCACAUUAUCAGUUAUAGCCGAUGCCGUAAAUGUUUUAGAUAGGCAACACACAUGUUUAUGUGACCGAGUUGUACCGGAAUUUUCGCCGUAACUGCUCCGUAUUAUUAAUCAUUAUCUAUAGGAUCUGUCUGAAGUCACUUCAUUAAAAGUAAAUGUAAAUAACGCGAUGCCCCGAUAAUACAUACUAAGAUUCAUUGGUUUAUAAUUUAAGUACAAGCUUUGUAAGUAAGUUUUCUUUUACAGUUAAAAUGAGUAAAAUGUUUAACACCAGUAAUACGGUGUUGUACAAAAAUGUAAAUUUAUAUUUUAUUCGGUUACAAUCUCAAUCUUUAUAAUUAGUACAUUAUUAAACGUUUAAGUUACAAGCAAAUAGUUUUAGUUACCUACUACCUAUUCUGAACAAAAUCGAUACGAAAAAAGCAGACUCCCAUUAAUAGUCAGUGGCUGCUAGUAAAUAAACUUGAAUUUCGAAGGUGUUUGUGUUCUUCUUGGCUGGCUUUGAAACUUCGUCUACGACGUUAAGUUUUUGUUUGCACGAGAUGGCUGUCAACCAGGAAGUUCAGAGCCGAGUGUACGAUGAGAUCAACAAAACAGUCACUAAGUACGGGCUACCAUUAUCGUACGAAGCCAUCUUAUCAAUGGAUUAUUUAGAACAGUGCCUUAAAGGCAAGUAAACGAGUAGCCUGCAAACUCUCUUAAUGAUUUAUUCAGGAAAGUAAAUUUGAAGAAAAAAAAAGGUUCAUAAAAUUCAUCUGUUGGUUUCCUAUAACUUUUAAACUUAAAUGCAUUACAUAAAUUAUUUUUAGCCAUGCCAUUCCUUAGAUUUAAUUCCUUGACGAUUUGAGUGGUGUUUAAAUCCGUUGAGGUUCACUAUAGCUACAAACUAACUAUAAACAACGGUAUAAACAAACCAUACAACUAAAUUUAUCAAAGUAAAACGCGUAUAUUUUUCAACAAAUUUCAAAUCAGUGUUAUUUUUAUAUCAUACCUUAAAAGAUGCAGAUUUUUCGCCUAAUAACGAUAAAAAUUAAAAAAUCUGAUUUAAAUGGUUAUUGUUUUUUUUUUUUUUUUUUUUAAACACGUUUCUGGUUAAGCAAAUGAUCCAAUAUUUGUGUGUAGUACCUAAAAUAUUACUAUAUUUCUAUCCGGUAAUAUUUUAUUUGAAUAUUUUUGCGAAAUAUUCAAUAUUUCACUCCCUAUUACAGAAGUUCCCAAACAAUAGAUCGUAAUUAUAUUUUUGAUGGAUUAUGUGAAAUUAACAUGCAUACAUUUUUACAUUAUAAAAUAUUAGAUUACUAUACAAAUUAUACAUGAUCUAUGAAGUCAAUAUACAGUGUUCAAGAAAAAAUAAAAAUCUAAAAACAUACUUUUCAUUAAAUAUAAAAUAAAUAAUAAUUUUUCUUUUUUAAUUAUUAAAUUAACUUUAUAUUUAAGUAAGUAUACCUAUAUGAUAUUACUUUUAAUAUAAAUUUCGAUAUUUUUCUUUGUAUCAGUAUCUUUUCUUUAUUUUUAGCACAGAUACAAACAAACAAAAAUUAUUAAUAUGUGAUGGAUGGCCAAAAUUUAAAAAAUGUCUAUAAUUGGUCGUACCAUGAAAAAUGUAAAUUUUUAUUUUCGGAAAACAAUUUGUUCGGUUAAUAAGAAAACUCCAGAUCGUUGAAAUCUUAAAAGUUAAAUUUUUCACCUUUUAAUACUUUAUUUAAAAAAAAUUUACAGAUUUCUAACAUUGUUUUGAUAACAUUUAAAAAAUUAAAAACGAAUUCCGAUACAUUGAUUUUAUUUUUGUUGAUUUUUGAGUUACUUUAUAGUUACAAAACAUAUGACUAGUACUACUCCGCUUAGAUUCUUUUUUUCGUUUACAGUAAUUUUUCGUUGCGGUCAGUAUGUAAAACUAAAUUAUCCUGUAUACCCUACCAAAUAGCCGAUUUUAAAUUUUUUUCUGAGAGGGGUCCUGAAAAAUCUACAAAUCAUCCACUGACCCUAUAUCCCCAACUACCCAUCUAGAACAGUGAUAUCAUAACAGUAUAUAUUCUAUUUAUGAACAAUACAAACAUUUUUAAUUUCAAAGCUUAUUCGUUUAUAUAACAAUAACGGAUACAAUUGGAUAGAAACUAAAUUCAAAUUCCUCCAAAAAGAAAAUAUUAAAUUUUGUAAACUUCACUUCAUCAUAUUAAAUUCUAAAGAAGCGUUUUACUAUGACGUGUGCUUAUUUUUUUUUUUUUCUAUCUGGAAACAACUUUUCUAACAGACAUCUUGCUCCAAACAAUUACAAAAGACCUUUUGUGUUUAGAUCUUAUUGGUUUAAUGGGUAGAUCAUUUUUUUUUUUUAAUUUUCAAACGAUUUUCAUAACAAUUGGGAAAAACCGGAAGAAAAUGUACAGGUAAAACAAAACAACAUUUACGACGUCGAGCCGUUAACGAUUGCAUUGUAAAAUAUUAUGUCCUUCACUGUAUGUAUACAUCGUCAUUUCCAUCUUCCCUCAUAAAACUAUACAGCACACCUAUUAGCAGCAUCAGCUUUUUUUUAUUCUUUUUUUUUCUGUUCAUCUCACCGAGAAGUCAAAAGUCACUUACCGAAAUCAAUUUUGUUUGUUUUUGUUCGCUGUCCCGACACCGGAAUAUACGCGACUACAAUGAUAAUAUGCUGGGGCUACUGCAGAAACGAUGAGAAAAUAUCCACCGGUACAGGCGCUAGUCCGGGUGUGCACCAAACCGUUCCCGGUGCCCGGCACGGACGUGAACCUGGACGUGGGUACGGCCGUACUUAUACCAGUGUACGCGAUACACCAUGACCCGAAAUACUAUCCCGGACCGGACGUGUUUGAUCCGGACCGCUUCGCAAAAGACGCCGGCGACAACGGAAGACCGGCCGGAACUUACCUGCCGUUCGGCGACGGCCCACGCAUAUGCAUAGGUAUCACGCUCGAUUUAUUUUAUAAUAACUUCGGAUAGCGCGUUAUAUGUUUGGUCCCAGGAAAAAAGGACAUGAGUCGAUUUUUGGGUUUUUUUUUUUUUAUAUAUAUAUAUAUAUAAUUUUGUCCUAUGAAAUUGUAUUUCUUUUAUUUUUUGGUUAUGAGUCAUAGCCAUUUAUAAAGAAAUUUAGCCAUUUAUAUUUGUAUUUAAAACUAUACAAAAUUUACUUAAGCCCUUCUUGCCUGGAACCAAAGAAAUAGAAGCAAAUUUCAAAAAUGUAUGCAUGCACACGUGUCCGGCAUUUUAAGUCCGGCUUUUGAGUAGUGCUCCACUACUUUCCCCCUAUCCACAAAAUGGAAAACUUAAAACUAGAAUAGCUUGUCAAUAGGCUGACGGAAAUUAAAAAUUCCAUCAUCAAAAUUGUUUAAAAUUAAAACUUCAUUUAUUUAUGGAAUUUUCAAUAUAUGUCGUUAUUUGAAAUUCAAAAAAGGGUAGCGUCUUCACCUCCAGAAAUAUAAGUGACAAAAAAAUAAUGACGUUCAAAUAGUUUAAAAAUGCAGUCCAGUGGAAUUAUGAUACAUCUAGGGUGACCAGUAUAAUAUACCACUUUAAAUAGACUACUUCCGAUUGCUUAGAACAAGUAUGAUAAAAACUUGAAGAAAGCUAAAAUAAUUUAUAGAAGUAAAAAAAAAAAAAAAAGAUCAAGUGAAUAAUAAAAUCAGAACCGUAUACAGGGAGUGGUUCGGGUGGACAAUCGCCCGAGGCGCAACUUUUUAGGGGCGCCGAAAAAGUUGAUAAACAAAUUUUUUUUUUAUUCUUAUUUUGUGUUUAGUAAUUUCCAAAUUCUUUUUCAUACUCAUUGUAUUUUAUCGCGAUUUAUUUAUUAUUCUAUUUUUACAAUUAUAAAUAAAACAUAUUAAGUUUUAAAUACGCUUCAUGUAGGUACGAAUUCAAAUCUAGAAGUUUUAAGUGCAACUUUUUGCAAUUUUUACAAUUUUUUCAAUUUUAUUACAAUUUUGUUGAAUUUACUCAUUUGCGCGGCUACUUUAGCUACAGUCGACACUCGACAAUCGUAUAGAUACGAUUAUACUAUAACAUUGCCAGCCAUAAAAUCUAAUAAUGAUAUCGUAUUUUUAUUUUGAUAAUUCCAAGUUGAUGGGUAUUCGAUACAAUAAAAAAAUAAUUUGUGUAAUGUGACUGUUUGACUGUUAUAAUCUGUUCUUCAGUCACUCCGUGAAUUUUGAGCGAUAGUGUUCUGUUAUCGUUUUGUAAAUAUGCCGAAAAUUAAGUCGACUAUUUUCAUUUUUGUAAAAAUUUAUUACAAUUUAGGAGCACUAUGACCGGUAGAAAAGUUAUCCACAAAUAAAAAAAAUAAAAACAGAAUAAUAACAGUAAUAAUAAACAUCAUUGUAAAACCAAUACAUCCCUUGCUAUGCACAGAAUUUAAAAUCCUAAUUAAUAGGAAUUAACUAAAAACUACUACACCCUUCUACGAGGGAAAGAAACUAAUUUUGACGGAAUUGUAGAAAAACAUAGAACACAAAUUUAAAAAUAAUCAAAAACAAAAACAUAUACAAUUCCGUCAAAAUCAGUUUUUUUCCCUUGAAUAAGGGUAUAGUAGUUUUUAGUCAAUUCCUACUAGUUAGGAUUUUUCCGGAUGUACUGAACAUAGGGAUAAAUUAAAAUCUUAAACAUUGUAAAAACAAGUGUAUUUUAAAUAGGAAAAUUCAACUCUUGUUAGGCGUCAUUUAGUAUCAAUAAAAAUAAAAAUCUAAACAAAUUACAGAAUUUGUUAGUUAUUUUAAAUUAGAUUUUUCACUUGGGAACUUAAGGACGACCUAAUAAAAAGAAAACACAAUAUUACAAGUGGCGUACAUUCGAAAAUAAAUUAAUCCGAAUCAAUAAGUUCGUCAUGAAGUCUCACUCGAGUAGCUAUAUAGAAUACUGUUAUAGGUCAUUGACUCAGAGUAUAAUAAUUAAAAUGGUUUUAACAUCGUUUUAGUACAUCCAAAUUUUAAAUAGUGCUUAUUUUUAUUUUUAAUUUUACUCGUGACUAGACAAUUUCAGUGUUUCCUAAUCGAACCGGCCAUUGCCAAUCACAACUGAUUGAUGGUAAUACAUAUACAUAGGUACAUUUUUGUUCACAGGUAUGCGUUUUGCUAUGUUAGAAAUGAAACUGGCGUUGGCACAAUUCCUUCAAAACUAUUCGGUAACGUUGAGUGACAAAUCCUGCGCACGUAUUGAGUUCGAACCAGCGUCGUUCUUGUCAUGCCCGAAAGGCGGUAUAUGGUUGAAUGUCAAUAAAAGAUGA